AUGGAUUACACUUUUGAAUAGAUAAAUAUUUAUGAUAUUUAGAAAGAACUCUUGAAGUUAAAAAUGAUGGUAAGAAUGAUUUUUACAGUUGAAUAAUAUGCCGCUCUUCAGCUUUGUGGUUUAAGAAUAAUAUUAGAUGAAAAUAUACCGAAUAUAGAUGAUACAGUUUAAGAGGUAAUUAAUUUAAAUGAAGAUCCUUUCAAAAGCUCUUUUAAAGAAAUUAAAAAAUAAAAGCAAGAAACAUCAGUAAAAGCUUACUAAAAAUAGAAGUGUAUUAAUUAAAAUAAAUAGAUUAUUUAGCAUAAUUAAAAUUAGAAAUCAGAUGAUUAUUUAACAGAAAACAUUGGUAAUGAGUAGUUAAAAUAGUGA